UACACAAGCUUACACCAAGCUGCCCCUGUUUUUGUGGUGCUUCUUCUCCCACUACCUCCCCUUUCUUUCUUUCUUCUACAUUAGCUAAGCCAUACUUUGUUUUGUUGCCUCUCCUUUUGGUCAAUACUGUUGAAGAAGAAGAAGAAGAAGAGGAAGAAGAAGAAAAGUUGUGAGCUCUCCAUGAAGAUGCCAGUGGCAGUACUCUUGCUACUGGCACUGAGCAUUGCCAUUAGAAUUGAUGCAGAAGAGAGCAGCGAAGUGUGUGGUUUCAAACCAAGUUUAAAACCAAGACCACAUAGUGUCUCCAUCUUGGAGUUUGGUGCGGUUGGAGAUGGGAAAACAUUGAAUACUCUUGCUUUUCAGAAUGCCAUUUUCUAUCUCAAGUCAUUUACAGACAAGGGUGGCGCUCAGCUUUAUGUCCCACCUGGAAAAUGGCUUACUGGAAGUUUCAGUCUUACCAGCCAUCUCACACUAUUCGUGGAAAAAGGUGCUGUCAUUCUUGGAUCUCAGGAUCCAUCCCAUUGGGAUCUUGUUGAUCCCUUACCCUCAUAUGGUCGUGGGAUUGAACUUCCUGGAAAAAGAUAUCAAAGUUUAAUAAAUGGAGAUAUGCUACACGAUGUGGUAGUAACUGGUGACAAUGGAACCAUUGAUGGUCAGGGUUCAGUUUGGUGGGAUUGGUUCGAGUCCCAUUCCUUGAACUACAGCCGCCCUCAUCUUGUGGAAUUUACAUCGUCUGAUUACGUAGUAGUUUCAAAUCUUACCUUCUUGAAUGCUCCUGCAUAUAGCAUUCAUCCAGUGUAUUGCAGUAAUGUGGUUGUUCAAAAUAUUUCAGUCUCUGCUCCUGGAGAAUCCCCUAACACCAUCGGCAUAGUUCCAGAUUCUUCCAAUAAUGUGUGCAUAGAGGACAGCCGCAUCGAGGUUGGUUAUGACGCGAUUUCCCUCAAGAGUGGUUGGGAUGAAUACGGUAUCGCGUACGAUAGGCCUACAACAGAUGUAUACAUAAGAAGGGUGUACCUUCAAUCAUCCUCAGGCUCGUCCGUAGCCUUUGGUAGUGAGAUGUCUGGUGGCAUUUCUAAUGUGCAUGUGGAGCAGGUCCACAUAUACAACUCAUUUAGUGGCAUUGAGUUUAGAACAACUAAGGGCAGAGGGGGUUAUAUUAAACGGAUCAUCAUAUCAGAUGUUGAAUUGAAAAAUACCAACACGGCAUUUGGUGCCAUUGGUGAUUGUGGGUCACAUCCGGAUGACAAUUUUGAUCCUAAUGCCAUCCCAGUUCUCGACCAAAUCACUUUGCAAGGUGUGAUUGGUUCAAACAUCACUAUGGCUGGCAACUUCACGGGACUUGCAGAAUCUCCUUUCACCUCUCUUUGUCUGUUUAAUGUCUCCUUGGCAAUUCGCAACACCUUAUCUCCUUGGACAUGCUCAAACGUUGUUGGCUUUUCAGAGUCUGUAUCCCCAGAACCGUGUCCUGAACUCGAGAGCUCCUCAGUUUGCUAUUCCCUCUUGAAUUCUUACGGUAAAUCCACAGACAUAUGAAUACAGUUCCUUCAAAAGUACAGUCAUAUGGAGUAAAAAGGGAUUCUUCUACAGUUUACGGUCUCUAAACUAGGUCAGAUUCUUUUCAAUAAGAUACAUUUGUUCCUUCAUUCCGUUGGUCUUGCAUUUCCUCCUGUUCAAUCUGCAGAUUAUUUGUACAGCCUCAUAUCUUCAUUCAUGUGUAAGAAAAUUUUUGGUAGUGAUUGCACCAAACAGCAAAAGGGAGUUAAAUUCAAUAUUCCAAGUA